CCAAGGCCCGAGUCACUGAGUCAGGCGAGUUAUUCCCAUCUGGAGGAUCGUUUGUUAAGCUUGAGUGAGUGGUUCAAUUUCAUGUUUUUAAACAUUUGGGUUUGUUAUUAGGAUCAAUAUAAUGAAUAAAGAUUGUAAAAAAAAAAAGUUUAAGUCAAUUUGGGGAUAAUUUUGUUGAGAUCAAAAUGAUGAAAUUUGUUGAGAUAAUUUUGGAUAAUAUGAUUAACCUAAGUGUUUGUUUAGGCUCUGAAAUUUGACAAUUUUUGUUUAUGAUGGACCAAGUAAUUGGUUAUGUUGACAUUUGAUUGAAAUUAGGUGGUUUGAGUUAGGUGUUGGAUGCAUCUCUUGGUUGCUUAUUAUGAGAAUUAUUGUUAGUGAUCGGCAAGUAAGUCCGGAAUAUAUCUUUAGGUUGCAUAAGGGGUUAUAGUCGGUCAUGUGUGCCACGAUGAGGCUAAGGGCGUGAAUUGAAAAUUCUUGCUUCCAACAACCGUCUACGUUGUGGAAGUGUCGGAGCCCUUGUCAUGUUGAAUUGAGGUUUUGUUUAUGUCAUACAUAUGAUAGUUUUCUGUUUUAUUUUUGAUUCCUUAGCUUGCCAUGCAAAAUUCUGAAAUCCAAUCAGGGGGUGGAAUAUUUUUUUGGCAAACACCCCACAGUAUUUGGGAUGGUUUACAGCUUCUUCGAAGCUGUUGUCAUCUUGACUUCAUGAAAUGCUUUUUUUUUUCUUUAGAUAUUUAGAUUAGUACACUACCCACCGCUAUUUCUUUAUUUGUAUUAAUCUUAGACUUAUUCUCAUUUCUUUAACUAAUGAUAACUUGUGAUGAUAGAGUAGUCUAAACUUCUAAUUAUAUGGGUAUUAGUAGGAAUGAAUUUUGAUCUUAAUUUACUAGCAGAUGAACUCUUUAGAAAUCUCCGCCUCGUUCUCCUUCUCCUUCUUCCUUCUCUUUUGUCCUGGUUUGGUUACAUGUAGAACAAACUGUCGUACUCCUCUGUCAUGUGGUAGCGGGGAGGGGGAGCCUAGAGUCCUGGUCCCUUUCAGAUUAGAAGGUCGUCAUAGCGAGGUAUGUGGUUACCCAGGUUUCAAUCUUUCUUGCAGUAGUUCAAAUAGAACAGUCUUAGAGCUUCCUUUAUCUGGAAAGUUUUUCGUUCAGAACAUCUAUUAUAAAUUCCGGGUUAUACAAAUCAUCGACUCUGAUAACUGUCUCCCUAGAAGUCUUCUAAACCUAAAUCUCCUAGGUUCUCCUUACCAAUUGGAUGGUCGGAAUGAGUUGUAUACGUUUCUUAAUUGUUCAUCAGCAUCUGUUGAUCUUAGCAAUAUAUCUUCAUUAUACGUUCACAUCCAUUGCCUUAGUAGUUCCACACACACCAUAUUGGCUACAAAUGUAACUACUCACCCUAUUCAACCGCUGAAUUCAAGCUGUGAGGUAAUCGCCACUGUAUCAGUUCCGGUGGUGAGCACUUCUGGUAAAAUUAGUGAUGUUCUUCGUCUCAUGUGGUUGCCAACACCAGUUGAUGAUAAUUCACAAGGUACUAUCCGCAGAACAAUGAUGUUUGUUGUUUUCGGCAUUUGCAUUGGCUUACCAAUCCUAAUAUUCUUCAUAUGCUAUUACUGUCCAUGGGUCAUAAGGUCUUACCGUGAUGAGGAUCGCAGGCUGUUAGUUGCAGUUCUGCCGCAAUCAAAUGAUCGGUUGAUAUUUUCCUCUUUGGGAUAUCAGCCGUCAUUCAUAGCCGCACGCGGAUAUCAACCAUCUUUCAUAGCCGCACGCGAACAACCUGCCUCUGGCCUUGACAGUUCUAUUAUCAGUUCAUAUCCAGUAAUACUUCUUGAUGAGAAGCUACGACUGCCCAAUCUAAAUGACACAACUUGUUCAAUAUGUAUAUCAGAGUAUCAACCUACAGAGACGUUGAAGAUUAUACCAUCUUGUAACCACUACUUCCAUGCAAAGUGCAUCGAUCAGUGGCUUAGCAUGAGUUCAACAUGUCCUGUUUGUCGAGAAUCUCAAAGUCUCCAGUCACUGCUUCCAUCUGCUGUUGCUCCUUAGCUUUCUCCCAUGUACAUACAUUGUUUUUCCGUUUAUUCCGCUUUCUUCAAUGUACAUCCUUUUUUCUUCUCUGUUCUAAAAUCAGUAUCAGGGUUCUGUUUGGCAUGUGCUAUGUAAAUUCAAAUGCUGGUGGUUGAACUUUAAACACAGAUUUAAUCUUAAGAUAAGUUGUUGUCAUAACCAUUUUGGUGCAACGAUUUUUUGGGCACCACUCCAUUUUGGAGGGGGCCAUGAUUAUUUCUUUUAGCUUGUUAAGUUAAAACACCCCUUACCAAAAAUUUAUAUUAAUAUCAAAAUUACCUUUUUUA